AUGACCAAAAAAGGGUCCGAGCUCAUAGAAUUCUCAUAUCCGUAUUUCGAAGUAGGCCCAAUGCUAGUGAUGAAGGAAAAACCUGAACCAAACCAAGUUUUUUCUUUCAUGAUGCCUUUCACCAAUGAGAUGUGGUGUACUUUGGCAGCUGUGACGAUGUUCAAUGCUUUUGUUAUUUGGUUAGUUGAGUCUAGAACUGGUCAUGAAUCUGUUGGAGCUAUCUUCUGGUUCCCUUUGGCGACCCUCUUCUAUGGAGGGCAUAGGGAAUUACCGAUGAACAACUUAACAUAUUUUGUGUCGGCCCCAUGGUUGGUCUUGAUCCUGGUUGUUUCUUCGACCCAUACACAAAGCUUUACUUCCAUGAUAACAACAAGCUCAGACACCGAGUCAGCAUCUUUAUUAGAUAUAGAAGAUCUCAAGAAAACAAAUGCUAUUGUGGGUUGUGACAUGGAAGAUUCAGUUAUGUUGCAGUAUUUAGUGGAGUGCAUUGGGUUCCAAAGAAAGAACAUCAAGCACAUUGCUCAAUCUUCAAUCGAUGAUUAUGCUAAAGCUCUAUCAACUGGAAAUAUAAAGGCUUCUUGCAAAAUACUGGAAAGGUUUCAGAUCUUGGGUCCCCAACCGUAA